GUGAUCUGACUCAUGUUGCAGUCAGCGCGCUGCCUAGAUAUUGGUAGGCGAGGAGGAGGAGGGAGGGCAGCAGGCAGCCCCGGCUCGCACACGCGCUGCUCCCCGCACAAACUGAGCCACACACGCCGGGGGAAACUUGGGGCUCCCACCUGUUCCAGGGGCUGCGGGAAACCAGCACUGUUCCCAGGUUGUCCUCAAGAAGCAGUGAAGCUCUGUCCCUGCAGAGCACCACCAGCCACCGUCUCCAGUCCAAGCACACAAUGAGGCAGGUGUGAGACCCCGUGGGACCCAACCUCACCGAGGAGAGGUGAAGGGAGCAGCUGAGAUCCACCAGUAGCUGCUGCAGGGGAUCAGCUCCAGCACCAGAUGAGCCAGUUCACACCAGCAAGUUGCAGGGCCAUAGCUUUCCUAGACCAUGACACUCCCAGCAGACAAGGCUGAACAUGUGAAGAUGACUGCAGUGUUCUCCAAGUCACUGCAGGCCCAAAAUUGGUUUGCAAAAGGGCUCUAGGGCUGCCUGGUAGAGGCUCACUCCAAGCACCCACAGAGCCGGUGAGAGCAGGACCGCUCCAUCCAUGCGAUUGCACCAUGGAUCCGUGUAACAACGUCACAAGCCCUACAAAACCCAUGAACUUCACCCUGCAGCUGCUGGUCGGCUCCUUCCUCACCAUCCUCAUCGUGUUCACCCUCUGCGGCAACAUCAUCGUCUGCCUGGCCGUCACCCUCGACCGCCGGCUCCGCAGCCUGACCAACUGCAUCAUCGUCUCCUUGGCCAUCACCGACCUGCUGCUGGCCCUCCUGGUGCUGCCCUUCUCCGCCUUCUACGAGCUCACCAGCGAGUGGCCCUUCGGCAGCACCCUGUGCAACAUCUACUCCAGCCUGGAUGUCAUGCUGUGCACGGCCUCCAUCCUCAACCUCUUCAUGAUCAGCCUGGACCGCUACUUCGCUGUCACCACCCCGCUGCGCUACAGGCAGGUGGUCACCCCUUCCCGGGUGGCUGUGGGCUUGGUCAUUAUUUGGACGGUUUCCUUGAUGGUCUCCUUCCUACCCAUCCACCUGGGCUGGAACACCAACGGGACAGCAGUGCAGAACACCACCCCCAACUGCACCAAGGAGUGCAAUCUGGAGGUUAACUCUAUCUACGGGCUGGUGGACGCCCUGCUCACCUUCUACAUCCCCCUGGUCAUCAUGUGCGUCACCUACUACCGGAUAUUCAAGAUAGCGAGGGAGCAAGCCAAGAGGAUUAACCACACGUGGUGCUGCAGCAGCAACAGCCCCAUGCCACCCAUGGUGAAGGAGCACAAAGCCACCGUGACGUUGGCGGUGGUGCUGGGUGCCUUCGUGGUGUGCUGGUUCCCCUAUUUCACAGUGUUCACGUACCGAGGGGUGUGGGGGGACAGCAGUGUCAAAGGAGCGCCCAUGUCCAUCGUCCUCUGGCUGGGCUACGCCAACUCAGCACUGAACCCCAUCCUCUAUGGCACGCUCAACAGGGAUUUUCGGGUGGCCUACCAGCACUUGCUGCACUGCUGGAGGACGGGGGGACCCAGGAGCUCCCGCCUGCCACCCCUCCAGAAGGGGCGGCCCAGGGGCAGGAACUGCAGGCAGGGCCCCGACAACCAGGAGGAGAAAAGCCUGAAGCUGGAGAUGAGGAACGGGAAGGGGACCUUGCUGGAUGACGGAGCCCUCCAGAGUGCCAAAGCCUUGCCGUGAGUCUCAGCCAGCCUGCUGCCCUCAGACACACGUCUCCCAGCCUCUGCUCCUGGCUGCCCUCCUCCAGCAUCCUGCAAGGCUGAAAGGACAAAGCUGGACUGUCCUCAGGGAGAGACUCGACGGCAGAGGCAAGGGCUACAGGGUGAGUACGGGGCUGGAGGUCCUGGAAGGGGCACCCGCUGCGUUCUCCCAGGACCAGCCAUCCCAUCCUGACGGCAUGUGGGGCAGAGAGGGGGGCCACCAGAGGCGCAGCCUCACUCCUGUGACCUCCAGCAGCAUUUGCUCCCAAGCCCAGGGGAGGUGGCCAGAGCUGUCCCCCCCUCAUCCCCCAGCUUCCCUGGAGGUGUGGGGGCACAGAGCCAUUCUGUAAUGACCUCGGGAUGCCAGCUCCCCUCGUCCCUGCAGGCUGCCGGGGAGCUGCCUCCGUGUGCUGCAGAGGCAGCCGCGCUCAGGCUGCAGGCUUCCAGCACGCUUCAUUUUCAUGCAAGCCUGCACCAGCACCACACGAAUCACAGGCAGCUUUUGCAUGGACUCUCACCAGGCACCCGAGGCGGGGAGCUGAUGCCAGGCAUUGCCACUUUCCCCAGCAGUGCCAAGCUGGACGUGGUCAUUCGCCACCACAUGUGGGGAUGCCUCCGAGCUCCCCAGAGCCACUCGGUGCAGCCCUUCUCAGGAAGGACCAGGCAAGGACACCCCGACCUUCACACUCUCCCUCAAACACUGCGUGCUGAUAACAUGGGUUCUCCUGUAUUGACCGUGCCCUGGGGGCAAAAAAUAAGUCACCUGCAUGCUGCAGGCUGGGUGAGCACGUCUCUGCUGCGCGCCGAGAACUACUGACCCGAGCCAAGGUCAUGCUGAUGGCCCCGUGCAUGGCUCCCCACUGGGGUGGGGGUCCCUGGAUGUGACAUGGGGGUGCCAGCACGGCUCAGCAGCAGGUCACAGCUCCCCGAGUCACAUCACCGCUGUCCCCAGCCCCUGCCCAAGGCAGGGAGCAGUGUGAGCCCUGAGCCACCGGGGGCAGAGGGGAAACCAAUUCCUGUUUUACUGCUUCAUGCCUUCCCUCCGUGCCACACACACCUUCCGAACGACGUUCACUUUCCAUGAGGCAGAGGCAAAACACCAGCUUCCCUCACGACAUCACCAGCCCAAUCAGCAGAGUGAAGCAAUGUCAAUCUAGGGAGAGGUUUGCAGAUCUGAGGUCCUGGUGUGGCCACAGAUUUCCUCUCUGUGACACGGGGGUGGAGACAGGAAAUGUCACCCCGUGUUGGGGACCCAUCGGAAAGGGUCCCCAGCAGGAGCCAUGUGAAACCCCACAGCACCCACCUGCAAAGUCAGGGGGAGGCAGCACCCAGGAGCAGAGCACCGCUCACACCAGGACACCUUCAGGGUCGCUUUGACCCAGUUAUUUGCAGAGGUGACAAUCCAGCCGCUGCCGGCUGGCCCACGCAGAGGGGAAGAGCAGGCAGAGAAAGCCACAAAGCAAAGCUCUGCUUCUCAGCAGGACGUCAGAUGAUGUGACCUGGGCAACGUGAGCCUGCUGAGCCCUGCCCCACCAGCAGCACUUGGUGUACAGCCAUGCUCCUCUGAGAGCAUCCUCACAGCACCACGCCGCAUCCCUCCCAGCCGCAGAGCGUGCUUAAUGCAGCCUCCCUUAGGCUGGGGAGCAGGAAAAUGGAACAGGGGAACCACCUGCACCCUGCAAAUCCUUUGAACCCCCUUCUGUUCCCCUGCAGGAUCCCUGCACUAGCACGUGGCACUUGCUCCCUCCCCAAACACCGCCGAGGAGGCCUCUGCCUGCCACAGUUUCUUCCCGGGAGGAUGGUGUGUUUGAAGAGCCACGAGAAGAGCUGCAGAAGAGCCUCUCCCUGCACCGGCAGGGCCAUGACACCUCCAGCAUGGAGCCCCCCACCAGCAGGCAGCGGUGCCUGAGAACCAGCGCGUGACCCAGCAGGGCUGGCAUGGAGAGGGUCGGGCAGGGAGGGCAGAGAGUGGGGAAAAGGGGUUUUGGCCACAGCCGUGGUGCCCUAAGGGCCACAUCCAUCCCUCAGAGGGGUAGGUGACGUGGCAGAAGGGCCACCGUGGUGGCUGCUGACAGCCAGGAGCACGGGACACCCAGACCCACAGCAUCCUCGCGGGGGGAAACUUGUGUCCCACCUCGGGGGGAGGUUUUGACACUGUUGGGGCUGUCACCGCUCUCCCUGCCAGCUUCACACCCCCAGCCCCACCACAAGGAGAGGGGUCCCAGAGCCCCCCGCACCACGGGGAGCCGCCGAGCAGCCGGGCUCUGCACUCCCCGAUAGCUCAACACUAAGACUGCGAAGUCAGGAUGUCUGCGACUGAGCCUGGGCAGAAAUCAGCGAUAUAAAAAACUAUUUAACUCGG